AACAAACCGUCCAGUGAGCAUGGUGCUUGACAUUUCGGAGAUUAGGACAGCGUGGCAAGACAGCGAUUUCAUUACGGACUGUCUGUGUUGGCACAACGUAUAUCGUCAACGACAUGCCGCCCCACCUUUGACAAUGUCUUCGGAGCUUUGCCACCUUGCUCAAACCUGGGCGAAUCACUUAGCUCACACAAACAGGUUCUACUAUAGAAACGACAGGGAUAUUGGUCAAAAUCUAUUUUGCAGACCUUCCAAUGGAUUAGUUCAGGAAGUUACAGGGCAAGAAGUAGCUACAUAUUGGUAUUCGGCAGUACGCCAGUACGACUAUGGAAAGGAACCGGAUUGCUUACAUGCUAAUGUUAAUGCAGGUCAUUUUACUCAAAUUGUAUGGGUAUCCACCCGCUACUGCGGUGUCGGAAAAGCUCGAUCUCGUUCCGGAAAAGUGGUCGUGGUCGCCCACUACAUGCCCCCAGGGAAUAUUUCUGGGAGUUACAUGGAAAACGUGCUUCCCCCGUGUGAGGAAUAUCCUAGAGUAGCACCUCCACCUAGGCUGAUACUACCCGCUAGUAGUGUUACUACGGGAUCGAGCAGGACAACUUCCCCUAGUACCUAGUUCUUGAAAUUUGUAAAUGAGAUAGAUGAAUGAGUGUUGGAUAUUUUUGCAAAGGUGAGAAAGCGAGAAACCUUACUAAUUAUUUCUAUAAAACGGGUUUUUUGGUAAAAGGCAUUUAAAAAGAAAUGUAAAUAUUUUGUACGACUAUUUAUUUAUGAGAUUAUCUAUCAUUCAACUUUUCAACAAACUGAAUCAUUUGUAAAAGUUUAUCUGAAUUGAGAAAACUAAGAAAACCCACAAGAUACUUCCAAUUUCUAGACAAAAAAUUAUGACAUAAAAAUCAUUUUUUCAAAGAACUACCAGAAUGACAGAUGACCUACAAACAACUUCUACCUUGAGCAGACUUGUACAUAGACAAACAAAUUUAUCGAUGGUUCUGAUAAUGCGCCAAAGGUUAACCUAUUUUUUAUACAGGUAAUGAUAGGUUAGUAAUACUGAUUUAAAACUAUGACAUCAUAAGGAAAGUUGGAAUACCUAAUUUGCUUUUUUCAUUUUUAGUUAUAUUUAUUGCGCAUCUUUACAGUAAGAGACAAGUAAGUUUAUUUAGCGAUGUUUAAUGCUCAUUCUGCGGAAAAUGCACUCAUGGUCUAUUUGAAACAUAUUUGAUUACUAUUGAUUAACUGAAUUUGCGAAUUAUUUAUCGCUAGAUAAACUAAUUUGGCUCAAAUAGUUAGGUUAGGUUUUAUUCAUAUUUUUAUCUGCUCGAGGUAGUUGUUCUCUCUAGACACUUACGAUAAAUAUUCAACACGAACAUUUCUUAAAUUGUUUAUUUAUCGCUGGUAUAUUCCAAUUUUCAAAGACAAAUGUUUGACGCAUACCCCCAAAAAUCUUGUUUUACUGCGCCAAAAGGAAGCAAAAACCAUAAAAAAAGAGAAGAAGAAAUUAUCAUUUUGACGCAUAACCCCAAUUAUCUAAAAUGUCAUUUUGAAGGUAUCGAAUGAAAUAUUUGAAUAUGUAUAGGAAGUGGAGAGUCAAAAACCUACUACAUUACAUCGGUGUAGUGGAUAUUAUGAAUAACAUUAAUGAAACGAAUAUGAACCAUUCAAUCUUCAAACACAGAAGAUACUCACACAAUCAAUUAUUGAUAUAUUCAAGUAAAAAUUAAAGCGACUUGGACAAAGAUUUAUCGAAGAUAAAAUAAAAACGGUUAAUAUUCAAAGAAAUCCAGCAAACUCGUCUUUUGAAUUAGAAAACAUAUAUUAGUUUUCUCUCAAGAUUGAAAUAAUUUGGUAAAAAUUAAUUUCCCUUUGGCUAAUUACACAGCUUGGCUACUGCUAUUUUUUAAGUUCCUUGUUAAAAUGCGAUUUCAGAACGAUGGCCUCGUUACAGUUGGAACUUUGCUUCCAUAAUUUGGAGAUCCGAAAAUUUUAACCUCACUUUCUAUGAUUCAAUUCGGAAAUUCCGAUUUCAAACACGGGAUUUUUCAGAUGUUUUUUUGAGGCCGUGAGAGAAGUAAGUAAUAAGAAAAGUUCGUUGUAUGUAUGAAGAAGGUCCAACACGGAACAAAGUGGUAAGAAAUAAGUAACAUAGAAGUUCGGAAACAUGAAUUCUUGUUGUUGGUUGAAUUAAAGUUGAGAUUUGAAUCUUGCGCAAUGCGGUAUUCCUUCUGUGGCGCCGACGAUGACGAAAGAGACAUUAUUUAAGUCUAUGCUAUAUAGGAAAACACUGGAAAUAUCGAAAGACUAAUUACUUUGCGAUUAAAGUCAUAUUGGGAAAAGCAGUUUUUUUUUAUUGGGUUCAUAACUGUAUAUUUAUGAAAUUCUGUUUGAUGUUGGCAUGAACUUAGGUAAUUAUUCAUAACAAUCAGAAUAUUUUAUAUAUGUCUGAUUGGAAUAGUGUAUCCAUUGCAGAAAAGCAAAAAAAAAAGAUCCCGAUGCUUUGUUACUAAAGUUAGGAUAGACGCAAUGCAUAUACGCAUCCUGACGUUGAGGCUAAGAUUUAGGAACUGGCAGAAGAGAUAACUUUUUUUAUUAGUCAAUUUUCUAUAUCUUGUGGUAACAUUUUUUAUAAAAUGUAUCGCUUGUAACUUUUGCAUUCCGUCACAGCCUUAUUAUAACCUAACCCAACCUCGUUUAGCUUGAUCUUAUUCAUGAUUCACAUUAUUCCGAGUUAAAAGUGAGAAUGUUUGAAUUGAAUGCCAAAAAACAUAAAUCCGAAUUGAAAGUUGGAAAUACCAGAAAAAUAUUUAGUGAGGCCCCUUCUACGCUUUUGCACAACUGUCACAAGACGGUCCAAUUUCAAAGCGGCACAAAAUUCUUUGCAAAAAUAUCUUGGUCUGUUAUCAACUAGUAACAAUCAUUUCUCAUAAUCGACGUAGAAUUAUUUAGACUGCGCUUGCUGAAAUCUCUGUUAGAGCUUUCACUGAAGCAAGCAUUGUUUUUUCUCAAAAUUUUAUAUUGUACUGAAAAAAAUUUGCUUGCGCAUGUUUACAAUCAAGAACGUGAUUUGUACAGCAAAUUGUUGACUGAUUAGCCAAUUUACAAUGUUUUAUAACUUGUAUAUAAAGUCAUCUGAGUAUUUUUUUAUUGAAAUCACGAAUUACGUAUAGUAUAAUAUUCUAUAUGAACCUCAUACGACGUUUCUCUCAGAGUAAAUAAUUUGUACUCCACUGAAAAAACUGUCAUCUCGAACAUCAACAUAGGUGACAAAUAAAUAUUCUUUUCUUUCUCUGUUUUCAAGUGUUAUUGUUAUUUAAUAUAGAUAUCAAUGCUAUAGUUCUUGUUCAUAGUAACUGACAUGAACAUUUUAUUCAACUGAAUAAGUGUAUAUUGAUGCGAAGCUUGUUAUUCUCUUUAAUCAAUCGAAUGCAAUCUAUAUGCUUGUAAUGAAUACAAUCAUAAGACACUCAAUGAUGAAGAUAUAUGAUCUCAAAGCUAGUAUUUUAAGCUUCAAUAAUUAUAGAGCAUCUGUAAGUAUAUCUGUACUCUUAAGUAAUCGAGAAAUCAACGAAUACAAUGUUAAGUUCCAAUAAUAGUGUCUGAGGACAGGCAUUCGUAUUGCAUUGGCUUUGAAUUUGCAGCUCUGAACAUUUUUAUAGUUAUUUCUCGCUAAUUCUUAAAAAUCGCAAAUACUUUCUUUUGAAAUCUAUCCCUCUUCCCUUCAUCCGUUGUAGGUUAGGUUUGGUUAAAAAUAUACAUCUAUUAUACUUUAUACUAAUGAUAAAUAUGAUGAAUUUUUUUGAUAAGAUUCGCAAGAAGUACAUAUUUUGAAAAUAUGCCUUUGUCUAA